ACCAAGUCUACGCUUUGCCUCAAUCGGACUGCUAUCAAGAUCAUGCCGCCUUCCCCGCUCCCCGUCGCAAACCCCACGACCUCCUUCUGGAGAUCGUCUCCACACCCCCUGGACGAUUAUCGGUCUACCUCUGACGUCCCUUCACAAGUGGAUAUUGCUAUCAUUGGUGCCGGUUAUGCAGGCGUGUCGACAGUUUACCACAUCCUCGACAUCUGCAAGCGUCGGGGCACCGUGCCUCCUAAUAUCGUGAUUCUUGAAGCUCGGGAAGCCUGUUCUGGGGCUACCGGUCGCAAUGGCGGUCAUCUCAAACCCGACCCCUCAAAUCGGCCGUCCAGUCUCGCCGUCACCCAUGGCGUCGAGAUUGCUUCCGAGUGUGCGACUUUUGAGGCGCGAAAUCUUUCUGCGGUGAAGAAGACGAUAGAAGAUGAGAGCAUUGAUUGCGAUUUUGUCUUGACACGCGCGGUCGACGUAAUGAUGUCAGAUUCCGUCUACAACAAGAUGAAAUCCGGAUUCGACAUGCUCAGAAAGAAUGCCUUCCCAGGGAUGGAAGAUGUGCACUUUGCGAAGGGCGCGGACGCGGAAAGGUUGUCAGGCGUCAAAGGGGCCAAGGGCUGCCUUUCUUACUCUGCGGGCCAUCUGUUCCCAUACAAGCUCAUCCUUCACUUGCUGAGCAAUGCCAUUGACGCUGGCGUGAAUGUGCAAACACACACACCUGUCACCGGGGUUACCAAGUCGGCCGACACGGAGGGCUACUUUACGCUCACAACACCACGGGGCUUAGUCCGAGCAAAAGACAUCGUGUACGCAACCAAUGGCUAUAUUUCAUCGCUACUGCCCGAGUUUACCGAUACAAUUAUCCCAUCACGGGGCAUUUGCAGCCAUAUAAAGCCCACCAAGAAUCCUGCACCCUUCCUGCCGAAUUCGUACAUGAUUCGCUGGUCAGACACCAAGUACGAGUAUUUGAUCCCGAGACCUGACGGCAGCAUCGUUGUCGGAGGUGCGCGGUCCGAGUUUUACCAUGACCUUGAAAGCUGGUACAACAAUGUCAACGAUGACCUGUUGAUCGACUCUGCAAAGACCUAUUUUGAUGGAUAUAUGCAGCGCGUAUUCCAAGGAUGGGAAGACAGCGGCGCUUACACAUCCCAGUUGUGGACAGGAAUAAUGGGGUACUCAUCUGACUCAAUGCCCCAUAUAGGUGUCGUUCCAGGAAGAAAGAACCAGUUCAUGCUUGCUGGGUUCACUGGACAUGGCAUGCCUCAGAUAUUUCUCUCGGCAAAAGGAAUAGCGUCAAUGGUGCUUGAUAGAGUAGAUUUCCCGAGUACAGGUAUUCCAAGGAUAUAUAUGGCUACACAAACUAGAUUGGAUAAUCCAAAGAACUCUAUACUAGAUGGCUGGAGGGAAGUACACAAGAAGCUGGACAAUGCUAAACUAUAAGGAGGGG